CAGAGGUCACGAAACCGCCUCGGGUUAUGCCCAUUGAAUAUCCCGAAACGCCAUGAACAGAGGAAACUGUAGGGAUACAGAGGUUAAAAUGGCUUUGAUUUUGAUUUUACUUUGAUUAAACUUCUGUGUGAUCGAGCAGAGGUGGUGUAGGGGUGAGACCAGAACAGAAAACCAAUAGCAUGCACAUCCUCACCAGUUAGAAGGGGCAGGGACUUACUCCCCUGGCUUUCCUGCAGCCCCAGCUUUCAUCCCGGGGAGGUCGCCGAGGCGCUGGCACAGUUCCUGCAGGAGGGACGGAUGUCAGCCCUGAUGUGGGAGGUCUGCCAGCAGCAGGCACAGGCUGGCUCUGCUGAGCUGCAGGAGGCCCUGCUCAACAAGAUCGUGUGUUUGCCUGAUCAUGUGAGCAAUAAACUCCAGGGGAGAAACCCGCCAGUGUUCUUCCCACAGAACUACUAUCCUCUGCUGGGUGGCGCAGUUAUCCAGGUGUUGCAGAAGAUCUCCGAUUCUCUAAGAGGUGGCUUGGACUGCUCAAUCUCUUUCGUUUCUCAUGUCCUGGGGAAGGUAUGCGUCCAUGGGAGACAGAAGGAAAUUCUGAGCGUUUUGGUACCCCGCCUAACAGACCUCACCAAGUCAGACUGCAUCUGGCAAAGAAUAUGCUGGCGAUUGGUUGAAUGCGUGCCAGACCGCUGGAUGGAAGCAGUGGUCCUUGGUUUUGUGCAGAGCGCACCCGGGGCAGAUACCUUGUCGAGGUUGCUGGGGAACCUGGUAGUGAAAAACAAGAAAGCUCAGUUUGUGGUGACUCAGAAGGUGCUGCUCUUGCAGUAUUGCCACACGACUGCAGUGCUGCAGAACCUCCUUGGCUACCUGGCCCUGGACAGCCUUCGGCGUGCCUUAUUGAUCAAAGUGCUGCAAGAACUCUUGGAGACCUGGGGCAGCAGCAGUGCUGUGAAACACUCGCCGCCAGAGCAGCAGCAGUAUAUUAGCAAGGCCAUCCUUAUCUGCCUCUCCCACCUGAAGGAGCCUGAAAUCGAGAGCUGCAGACAAGAGCUUCUCACAAGCAUGAUGGAGGGCGUGAAAUGCCACUUGGACAGCAAUCUGCCACAAGUACGGCGUCUGGGAAUGAUUGUGGCAGAGAGCAUCAGUUCAAAAAUAAACACUGAUGGGCCUGUCCUGAAGUUUCAGUACGAAGAAGAUGACGAAGCAAGAGAAUUGAAGUCCCUUCUGGUGCAGACUCCAUCAUUCUGUGCUGUCCCCGGCCGUCUAGAUGAUGACAGAAAUUAUCUGCCAUUCUGUUUAGGCAGCAAGGGUUGGUGGUUGCCAUCAGUAUUGGAGAGUAACAAGAAAUCCCAUACAGCAGCCCCUGCGACGCCAGAUGAGGAGUCGGAUGCUGAGCUUGACAGUGAUGAUGACCUCAUCCCCUAUGACAUGUCAGAGGAUAAAGAACUAAAGACUAAGGCUCCUGUGUAUAUCCGAGACUGUAUUGAAGUCCUGACAGGAUCUGAAGACGUGGACAAAUGGGAAGCUACGAUCAAGGCUCUUGAGAGCUUGGUUCGAAAGAAUCCAGCAGCCACAAGAGAGGUUAGUGUGGAGCUGGCAAAGAUAUUGCUGCAUCUGGAGGAGAAGACCUGUAUUGAAGGCUUUGUGGAGCUCCGUCAGAGAGCUCAAGUAGCUGUUCUAACCACAGAUCCGAUACCGGUAGCGAAGUACUUGACCUCCCAGUUCUACUCUCUGAACUACAGUCUUCGUCAGCGCAUGGACAUUCUUGAUGUAUUGGUUUUGGCAGCUCAGGAACUGUCCUAUCCCAAAUCCCAUGGGAAGACCAAGCAUUCUGGUGCCCCAAACCCUCGUAUCCAGCUCCUUCCUGGGAGUGACAGCUCUAAGGACUGGAGAAGAAUUGUUGAUGAGAGGAUCAAAAGCAAGACUCGGAGAUUUGCUACGGGUCAGUCUCAAGUGGAAAUGGCUUCUGGCCCAAAUGAGUUCAAUUCUGUUGCUGGGCACUUCUUUUUCCCGUUGAUUCAGCACUUUGACAGGCCUUUGACAACAUUUGAUCUCCUGGGGGAAGAUCACUUUGUCCUUGGAAGACUGGUCCACACUUUAGCAAUCCUGAUGCACUUGGCUGUCAACACUGUGGCAGUUACUGCAAUGGGAAAGGCGCUGCUGGAGUUCGUCUGGGCUCUGCGUUUCCACACUGACUCGUAUGUGCGCCAGGGCCUUUUGUCCUGUAUCUCCUCCAUGCUUCUCAGCGUCCCUUCAGAGCGUCUUCUGCAAGACAUGACCGACGAGCUUUUGGAGACUCAGUCCUGGCUGGGAGAUGUGGUGGAGAAAGAUCCCGAUGGGGACUGCAGGAGGCUGGCCUUGCAGACCUUGCUGCUAAUGGAGAACCUGAAAAAGAAACUCAAAACUGUCCCUUCCUAACUGAAGGGUAAAAGAAAUGACCUCUACCUCGUACUCUUGCCAGCUGGACGCGUGUAGGCACUGCUGGGGCCUCUUCAGCAGUCACCUGGCUGGAGAAGAGGAAGAAGGGGGAAGGGUGCAGAGCUGUAAGCCAGCGAACCUGACUUGACAUCUGGACUUUGUAGUGGAGGCCAAUUUAGUGAGCUAUUGCUAUCCGGUACGGCGUGUACAGAUGCAGGAAGGUAGGCUAGCGCUGCCAUCCUCCCCACACCCCCAGCCCCCACCCCCAGCUAUUUAUAACCUUGGCAGGUUUGAGUGCUUUGCUAAAAAUACAGGGACGAUCUCAUAGCAGACUUCUUGUCAGAAAAACAGGAGAGCUGGAGAGGGCCACAUCCCUCCCAGGGCCAAGCCGAUGACAUGCCCGUAGCAAAGGCUCCCGUGCCUUCUAGCAGUCAGCCUCGGGCACGAUAGGCGUUAGUCUGCUGUUUGAGGGGUGGCCUGGUGUCAGGAAUGACACCGCUAGCGAGGCACAAGGACUGAACAGCUACGCUGACAGUCUGAAAACGCGGCAAACCAUAAAGGCCUGAGCUAGGGCCAUGCUCUGGCUAGGAAGGAACAAGGCAGGAAUCCUUUCUGUAUGAUCACAGUACAGAAAUAAGUUUCUACUGAAGGGUAACUAAUGUCCAGACUUUGACCUUCAAAUCUCCUCCCACCCUUCUUCCCUGAAUGCAUGCAAUUAAAAAACUUCACAUUCACCCCAAGUUUUGAAGCGUCACAGUACAGGAAAAAGGAAAAAAAUCGCUCUGAGCAGAAGGGCUGGGUGGUGUGGAAUGUACGAGGGUGACCCCUUUGUGGGGCAGGGCGUAAAGGCGAGCAAAACCUUGGUUGCUUAUGUUGAGGUUCUGCUCAUGGUCCUGCUUGUGCCAGGGAAGAAAUCUACAUCCUAAAAUCUGAGUAGUACAGAGUAGCUUGACAUAACCGUGGUGGCUGGAAAAGAAGCUUCACUGGCUCCAAGUGACCCAGCCUGAGCAGGGGGGCUUGGACCCGACGCCCUCCAGAGGUGCCUUCCAGCCCCAACCAUUCUGUGCCUCCAGGGCUUAGGCCAGACGGUUGUAAAUGUCAGCUCUGGCCUGCACGACUCUGUGCUGCAUUAAACACAAAAGCAUUGAGUUGGGGGACAUCUGCCUUCAUUCCGCAGUAGGGGAGCGGUUUGAUUUUACCCAAGCUCCUACCCCGAUGGGGCAGGGGUUGUUUGCAGCAGCUCUGACUCCUGGGGAAUGACAGACAAGUUAGUGAGCACCUUAGCAGGCCAAAGCUGUAGUUAAAAAUUUUGUCACCUCACAAGUUUCCACCUCCGUUACUCAGCUCUUUCCUGUUCUUGGAAAAAGGCCUGACAUUACAGUGUGCAGUUCUUGUUGGGCUUUUCCCCACUCAAAUUUAUUAAACUACUAACCCCAGCUUUGUUACAGGACUUACAUGUGACACUGU